GAACAUUUCAGAAGUGAAGUUUGGGGCGAACGUAACUCGUUUCUUCGCCUCUUAAUUACGCUGGUCAACUACUGUAUUUACCGUUUUGGCUCUUUUGGACUUUUAGGCACGCAGGCUUGGCUAUGGAGGUAGUCCGGGUAUUUUUGUGUGUCUUGUCCGUGUUUGUUGCUCUAGUCUCGGAUAGGUUUGUGGUACUAGCUUUCUUCUCUCAGUCUUUGGACAGCGACUUCACAUUCACUCUACCCGCUGGUCGCAAAGAGUGUUUCUACCAGACCAUGAAGAAAGAUGCCUCACUGGAGAUUGAAUAUCAGGUAUUAGAUGGCGCAGGUCUCGAUGUAGAUUUCUUCAUCUCCUCUCCUUCUGGCCAAGUGCUGUUCAGUGACUACCACAAAUCAGAUGGAGUGCACACUGUUGAGACUGAAGAUGGAGACUACAUGUUCUGCUUUGACAACACGUUCAGUUCCGUCUCUGAGAAGCUCAUCUUCUUUGAGUUGAUCCUGGACAACAUGGAAACAGACGAAGACCCAGACGACUGGAAGGAGUAUGUCCACGGAACAGACAUCCUGGACAUGAAGCUGGAAGACAUUAUGGACACCAUCAACAACGUGAAGGCUCGGCUGGGCAAAAGUCUGCAGAUCCAGACGGUGCUGCGGGCGUUCGAGGCUCGCGACAGAAACCUCCAGGAGAGUAACUAUGACAGGGUGAACUUUUGGUCGGUUGUAAAUGUCAUUGGCAUGAUGUUGAUAUCGGCGGUUCAGGUCUACCUAGUCCGCUCACUGUUUGAAGAUAAGAGGAAAAUUCGUACAUAACGCUGCCCCAAACGGAGGGACAGAGGGAGAGAAACGCACUUGCCCUCAGAUACCUUUUUUUGGGGAUUUGUUUUCAGCAGAUCUCCUGACUUGUGACUUUUAACACAAGAUGUCAUCUAUACACAUACAUAUGCACGAACACAAACAGACAUUUUGACAUUCUUUAUAACAAAGUCAUCUCGUUUCUUUCUCUGGUCCUCAAUCCUCAAAAAAAGUUUCUCUCUUUUUAAAACGUUUAUAUAGUUUUAUAGUCCUCCCUAGUGGCUGUAAUUCUUCACAGAGAAGUGACAUAAGCAUGUUCAUGAUGUGACUAUUUUUCUAACGGAGUCUAAAGUUACCAGGCCAUGGCCAAUUGCAAAAAUGUUCUCUUUUCUUUGGACAUGUUUUUAUUUGAGCUAAACUAGAUGAAGAAAUUAUGUGGUAUCUGAAGAAUUUGAUCUGAGUAAGAGUGGCAAGUGCAAUCAGUCAGUCAGCAAGUCUUUCCCCAUAGUAGUUACUUACAAAAAAUAUACCCUUUUGUGUUAUGAAGACACCUUAGUGGUUUAGACUUAGCUGCUGGCCUUUUGCCAGUGUAUGAGACCUUUUUGAGUAUUUGUCCCAUUGCCAUGGACAUUUAUGUUGCUAGCAAAUUCAGUCGCACUUUCCCUUUCAUGCCAAUACUGAAAAAGUCAGGUAUUUAGGUAGGACCACGCUGCUAAUGCUGCUCUUUGGCACUCAAGGGGCCAGGGAGUAGGAGAAAAGGAAACGGGCCAUCUCCAAAUCUCUCAAUGACUACUACCCUACUCUCCUCUGCCAUGACUUUUGGGCUUGUAGCCUAAAUGGCAGCCACUACCCUCUGUGAAGCCUCGCUGCUGCUGGCAGCUAUCUGCUUACAGCCACCUACUGUGUGAAGAUGUUAUGCCUGUCUGUCUACUCUGGUGACUAAUAUGUCUAUUUCUAUCUUGACACCUGGAAGGUCAUUACCACUACUACAUGGGUGCACUGCUCAGUUAAAUUGGCUGGAGCCAUUCACUGCCUUGUGCUACGUCAGCAUUCUUUUUAAAUGCUUGUAUCUGUGUAUUUUGUUUGAUAUUCCUAUUUUAUUAGCAAUCAUUACAAACUGACAUCUGGUCAUUGCACUGCCUCUGAUGCCACAGAACAACAUAUUUUUUUUGUCUUCAUAUUCUUAUUCCCACAUUAUGGGCACCAAAGUGUUAUUCUUUAGUAUAAUCGGGGGCCCAGCAGACGGGUCCACAACUUGUUCCGAUGCGUGGGUGAAGGAGCCGCUCAAGACGUUUUUAUCUCAUUGGUUGCUUAUACAGUAUUAAGACACAACUGUGGCUUGUGAAUAUGGUUGCUGAUGAGAGGAUUUCUUUUAUUGUUGUUACUGAGCUCCACAGGCGAAACUUGGUUACCCACUACCCAGCUGGAAGCCUCGUGUUUCCAUCUUUGCCCUGUGCUGUAAGAUAAAGAUCAUACAGUGAGUUAAUGCCUUCAUAAUUGAACAGCCUUAUGUUGGAAGUGCUGUAAAACCAAACUUUGAGCAGCCUUCUUGUUUUAAAAUUAUAGUUUUUUUCCAUUCAGUAUGUACGUAUUGUGGGUCCCUGCAAUAACAUGGUUAUGGUUGUCAGAAAAGGUCAUCCUCUGCCUCAGUUUAAGUGCUUAACACCAUCCUUUAUUCCUCUGCCCACCUGAUCUCACUGUGUUUAAUUUAGGUACUGUAUGUCGAGAUUCUAUAAAAAGUGACGGAUUAGUAAUA